AUGUCCGACGCGGCCAUUUGGCAUGCUGUCGUCAGUCUCGGUUCUGCUCAUGAGGAUUUUGCAGAACGUGGCAAGGAAUCACGUAGCAUGUUUGCUUUGAAGCAGUUCACUUCAGCCAUCCGAUGUCUUACUGACUCAAGGUCGCCAAGACAUGCCGAUCGGUGGAGAGCGCUUGUCGUCAGCACUAUAUUUACCUAUGUAUGCACGAUCAAAGGCCUUCACGAUCAGACGCGUCUACAUCUACAAGCCGGAUGCAAUCUUCUCUGCGAGCUCCAAAGUCUCACCAACAAAGGCAGGGUAACUUUGAAUCAAAAGAAACUUCUGAAUAUUGCCCAAGACGAGGAUUGGAUCUCGUCAGUUCCGGUGUCAAUUGCUCCGAUUCAGUCCAUUCUGGCCAACCUCGAGCUGCACUUGAACGCGCUUGACCAUGGCGGCAUGACAGAGAGUCCGACCCUGCUCUUACAAAACAAAACACUCAAUACAUGGCGCUACUAUACAGCACCUCGUCGUUCGCAUCGUCCAACACCAAAUUCUAUUAAUCAAGCAUACUGCGCUGCUGAGUCUCUCUUCACUGGACUCAUCCUAUUCUCCCAAGAACAUGCCAAACAGCUCGGGGAUAUUCAGUCCGGUGUAUCCGGAUCGACAGGACUAACAAUGCUGGCUGCACGACAAAAGCCGUAUACGCGAUGCUAUAAAGAAAUAAGCAAAGCAAUCGAGAUCUUCCAACACGAGGUAGACGCAUGCCAACUGGAGCCGCAUACCAUGCUCCCCUUGCACCUCUUCCAAAUGUCGAAUCGCCUCCUCCUGAUUCAGGAUCCUGAGGAGCAUGACUUGGUUAAGCGCCAAGAUGACCUUUCCGCCUUGUACAAGUCUAUAGUCGACCUCGCCGAGCAGGUCAUGAAGCUCGAUUCUAUAAAGACCCGACGAGUUUCCUAUACACAGCACCUCUUUCUCGUCGCCCAUAGUGGUAUCGGACAGUCAACUCGCCGCCGCGCUGUGGCCUUACUUCGGCGUCCACGGUUGGAGGGUGGCUGGGACAGCCUAAUCUCUGCAAGUCUCGCAGAGGCUAUCAUGGACAGAGAGAAGGAGGCGGCGUGUGAAUACCGGCUGGAGCAAAACUUGUAUCCUGGGACUACAGGAGGCGGAGAAGAGAAUGGGCAGAGACUAGAGGAGGUUGAUCCAAUAUUUCGGGUAUUUAACAUUACAUUUGCGUUUACAGGACAGAGAGAGGCUCGCGCUGUGCUGCGGACGUGGCGGGAGAAGCUCGAUGACGUUGCUGGGCGGAGCAGGGCUAUUCGAUGGUAA